AUGCGCAAUGAGUCACUGAGAGCUACCAUGAGGGGAAGCGCGAGCGUGGGGGGAGGAGACCAGAAUCAUGACUGUGCAGGUGUGUCUGGUGUGGCUGCUACACGUGAUGCUGAUAUGGGUGGUAUGGAUGGUAUGGGGGGCAUGGAUGGUGGGAAUUUUGUCGAUGGUAUAAGUGAUAUGGGUGUUGGUGUUGGCAUGGCUGGUCGAUCUGCUACGGCUGCUCUGGCAGGUCUGAGUGGCACUGAGCGAAAAAGCGUUGCACCUAAUGUGGGAAGCAGUGGAGUGAGAAGCGGUGGUGAGGGAUGCGGUGGAAUGGGGAGUGGUAGGGUGGGAAGCGAUAGAGUGGGGAGUGGUGGAGUGGGGAGCGGUGGGGUGGGAAGCGAUAGAGUGGGGAGUGGUGGAGUGGGGAGCAGUAGAGUGGGAAGUGGUGGAGUGGGGAGUGGUGCGGUGGGAAGUGAUAGAGUGGGGAGUGGUGGAGUGGGGAGUGGUAGAGUGGGAAGUGGUGGAGUGGGGAGUGGUGGGGCGGGAAGCGAUAGAGUGGGGAGCGGUGGGGUGGGGAGCAGUGGGGUGGGGAGCGGUGGGGUGGGGAGCACGUUCAUGCGGGACAGGAGUGCCACGAUGGGGAGUGAAAUCACCGAGUGGAGAGAUGCUAUCCUCGAGGGUAGCACUGCUACGCAUGGAGCUUCGGGAGUUGGAGCUUCGGGAUUUGGAGCUUCGGGAUUUGGAGCUUCGGGAGUUGGAGCUUCGGGAGUUGGAGCUUCGGGAGUUGGAGCUUCGGGAGUUGGAGCUUCGGGAGUUGGAGCUUCGGGAGUUGGAGCUUUGGGAGUUGGGGCUUCAGGAGUUGGAGCUCUGAUGAGUGGAGCUGCUGAGGUUGGAGGUUCGGGGUGUGGAGCUUUGGAAGCUGGAGCUCUAAUGGCAGAAAAUUUGCAUGCUGGGGCUGUGCAGGCCAGCGCUGCUGUUGGUGCAGGCAGCUUCUCUCUUGGACGGCAGCAGAUCCCUUCCCCCAGGAAACGCCUCAGGGACACUGCAGGCUUGAUGGAGGAGCGGUUGGGUGCGGUUCCCCUGGGGGGAAGUGGCACAGAGUCUACUCCCAGUGCCCAUGCUGCUGCAGUGAAGCAGGAGGGGUUGGUGGCAGGAGCAAGGAGCAUCGCAGCAGUUCCCGAGCUCGGCUCGGGUCGCGUUGCCAAGCCCGCAGAAGCAGCGUCGCUUGCUUCCUCCUUCACUGGUCUCAGCCUGAAAAGAGUAGAGCCUCUCAGGGCCAGAAGUAAGGCCUCUAAGGCUGGCAGGAAGGCUUGCCGAGCUGUCGCUGCUGUGGAGACCGCUGCGAAGUCAGGGCCUGAGAAAAGUUUCGAGAAUGAGGGGAAUAAGUACGGUCGGGAGUACUUCCCAUUGGCCUCCGUUGUCGGACAGGAGAUUAUUAAAUCCGCGCUGCUCCUGGGAGCCGUGGACAUGAAGAUUGGUGGAAUCGCCAUUGCCGGGCGGAGAGGCACUGCCAAGACCGUCAUGGCGCGCGGGCUACACGGAGUGCUUCCACCCAUCGAAGUCGUGGAAGGAAGCACCGCAAAUGCUGACCCAGAAAACCCCCAGGAGUGGGAGCAGGGCUUGAGCGAACGCGUCCAGUACAACGAGGACGGCACAAUAAAGACAAAGAUUAUUCGCGCACCUUUCGUGCAGAUUCCCUUGGGUAUCACGGAAGAUCGUCUUAUCGGAUCAGUCGAUGUCGAGGAAUCCGUCCGCACCGGCACGACCGUUUACCAGCCAGGCCUCCUAGCCGAGGCGCACCGCGGUGUGCUUUACGUCGACGAGAUUAAUCUCCUCGACGACGGCAUCGUGAAUCUGCUCCUCACCGUGCUGACUGAGGGAGUGAAUAUCAUCGAGCGUGAGGGUGUGAGCUUCCGCCAUCCGUGCCGGCCGCUUCUGAUCGCGACGUACAACCCCGACGAGGGCAAUGUGCGCGAGCAUCUUCUUGACCGUAUUGCCAUCAACCUCAGCGCCGACGUGGUUCAGGAUUUCGGCGACCGCGUGUCGGCGGUGGAGAUCGCGAUGAACUUCCAGAACCGCGCCAAGGAGGUGCUGUUGGAGUCCAACGACGCCACGGAGGCCGCGCGCACACAGGUCAUCCUCGCGCGCGAGUACCUCAAGGACGUCACCAUGAGCCGCGAGCAGAUGAAGUACCUCGUCACGGAGGCCAUCCGUGGACAGUGCCAGGGGCAUCGAGCGGAGCUGUUCGCGCAGCGCGUGGCGAAGGCGUCAGCAGCGCUGGAAGGGAGGGACAGAGUCAGCGCGGACGACCUUCGCAGGGCGGUGGAGCUGGUCAUUCUCCCCCGUGCUACAGUGAUUGACAUGCCUCAGGACCAGCAACAGAACGCCCCGCCGCCACCACCACCGCCGUCCCCGCCCCAGGAUCAGCAGAAGGAUGAGGAUCAAGAAGAGGAGAAGGAAGAGGACGAGGAGGACGAGGACGAGGACCAGGACGAGCAGCAGCCGGACCAGAUCCCCGAGGAGUUUGUGUUUGACGCGGAGGGCGGCGUGGUGGACCAGCAGCUGCUCAUGUUCGCGCAGCAGGCGCAGCGCCGCAAGGGCAAGGCGGGCCGCGCCAAGAACGUUAUUUUCUCAGAGGAUAGAGGGCGGUACAUCAAGCCCAUGCUGCCCAAGGGUCAAGUGAGGCGGCUGGCUGUGGAUGCCACCCUGCGAGCAGCAGCGCCCUUCCAGAAGCUGCGCCGGGAGCGGGCACAGAAGUCAGGCAACACGCGGCCGGUGUAUGUGGAGCAGAUCGACAUGCGGUCCAAGCGCAUGGCUCGCAAGGCGGGCGCCCUGGUUAUCUUCGUGGUGGACGCGAGUGGCAGCAUGGCGCUGAACCGCAUGAACAACGCCAAGGGGGCUGCCAUGCAGCUGCUGGCAGAGAGCUACACCAGCCGUGACCAGGUGGCCAUCAUCCCAUUCCGCGGGGAGGCAGCAGAGGUGCUGCUGCCGCCGUCUCGCUCCAUCGCCAUGGCAAAGAAGCGUCUCGACAAGCUGCCCUGCGGUGGUGGCUCCCCGCUCGCCCAUGGCCUCUCCACGGCUGUGCGGGUGGGUCUGAACGCGGAGAAGAGCGGGGAGGUGGGGCGAGUGAUGAUCGUGGCCAUCACUGACGGCCGUGCUAACGUGUCGCUCAAGCGAUCACUGGGGGAGGUGGAGGCGGUGGGUCCCGAUGCGCCCAAGCCCACACAGCAGGAGCUCAAG